CUCACCCGGAAGGAGAAGCCGCGGCUCUGCCGUAUGGUGGGCGCUGGCAGUGUCGCCGUGGGGAGCGGGUGCUGCUCUCAGGAGCCAGCGGGGAUCGUUUGUUGGCAGUACAUAUUGGCUGAAAUCAGUUUUCAUUUCAAGAAUGAAAAACAUUCUCGGGGAGUCCCCAGGAAGACGUCUGCCCAGGCCAAGAGUGCUAAGAAUAGAGGCACGCUAACCUUGAUUGUCCCGUGUCCUCUGUCCCUCGUCAGAUGUGUUCUUCCAAUGGGCUUUUCGUGUAAGAUGUCGGAGACCCAGGAGCAGGAGGAGGUGAUCACAGUGCGGGUUCAGGACCCCCGUGUGCAGAAUGAGGGCUCCUGGAACUCUUACGUGGAUUAUAAGAUAUUCCUUCACACCAACAGCAAGGCCUUCACCGCCAAGACUUCCUGUGUGCGGCGCCGCUACCGUGAGUUUGUGUGGCUGAGGAAGCAGCUACAGAGAAACGCUGGUUUGGUGCCUGUACCUGAACUUCCUGGGAAGUCAACCUUCUUUGGCAGCUCAGAUGAGUUCAUUGAGAAGCGACGCCAAGGUCUGCAGCACUUCCUCGAAAAGGUCCUGCAGAGUGUGGUCCUCCUGUCAGACAGCCAGUUGCACCUCUUCCUGCAAAGCCAGCUCUCGGUGCCCGAGAUAGAAGCCUGCGUCCAAGGUCGGAGCUCGGUGACGGUUUCUGAAGCCAUUCUGCGCUAUGCUAUGUCAAACUGUGGCUGGGCCCAAGAAGAGAGGCAGAGCUCUUCUCACCUGGCGACAGGAGACCAGCCCAAGAGUUGCUGCUUUCUUCCAAGAUCGGGCAGGAGGAGCUCCCCGUCGCCGCCCAGUGAGGAAGAGGACCGCCUAGCAGGGUGGGCUCCCGCCGUGGACUCCGAGGCCCCAUCCUUGGAAGGCGCCAGCGUCGCUGCGCUGUCCUCACCGUCCUGCUGUGGUUCGGCGAGACGGGCUGACAGAGCCUCCGGUCCCGUGGGAGGGGACUGCGCUGUGCCUUUGGACCCUGGUCAGUUAGAAACACUUCGGGAAAAAUGAGCUCUGAGCUCUAGACUUCGGCCCGUGGUGGGCAGAGAAGAUGCAGGCCAGGUCAGGGGGAGGUCGAGCUGCUUAGUGGCUCGCAGUCAGCCCUGCACAGGUUGGCUACACAGAGGUGGGGGCGACUGCUCCCCGCGCCUCUUCCUUAGGAAUCAACACCAUGCAGGUGUUUGUAAGUGCGGCACAUGGCCCUGGGGCUGUUGGUUUUAAACAGAGCCCAUAUCCACUCUCGGGGAGCUCAGUUUCUUUGGGUGUUUGUGUCUGUGCCUAGGAACACUGUCGCAGGUAGCUGGUUGUGGGGACUGGGAAGUGGCAGAUCCUAAGCCACCGUCCUGAGUAUUGUUCCAGUAGGACCGCUCCCUUUUUGGCCUCCCGUCUUGGCCUGCUUCUGUUUUCCUGCAGCCCUGGGGCGCUUUGUUUCUGGGAGGCUGGCUGCCUGCCCACCUCCUUGCCCGGCCGGCGUGGCCCAUGGUUACCCUCCCAUCUCCUUGCUGUGCCGCUGCCGAACGGACCUGGUGCUGCGGCUCCUGUUGCUGGGGUUUCCGGCAUACCCCAGGACCUCAGCCUGGCAGAGUGGGGCCUGAGAGCCGAGCGACAGCUCGUGGCCAUCCAUGGAGAGGGGGUGGUUGGCCACAGCUGGCAGGAAAGAAGCAGCCAGUGGGCUUGGUUUUGAGAAAGGCUGUCCCGGGCUGUCCCUUGUCCUCUGGUUGUACAGCGGAGCCGGGGCUAUCUUUUCUGAAGGGUGAGAGUGGGCUCCUUUUUUAAUUCCUUUGCUUCUCCUUUAGUUAACAGCUCCCUGCCCCAGGGAGCCCAUGGCCACAGUGGUCCUCUGCCGUGGCCGUGGCCGUGUGCUCAGUCUCAUGGGGUGCAAGGGCUUUGUUUCUGCCUGGAAGAGGAGUUCUGGAGACGCGAGGCUAGGAAGCACAUUGCUGCCUCCACGCGACAACGAGGAGGCCUUCUGCCCUCUGCUGCUAUCCCUCCUGUGCAGAGAGCCAGCGCUGGUAGGAGCCGUGGGCACCCUGCAUGGCUCUGCUUCCAGCCGUGUGUGAGCCGCUUCGCCCGCUCGCCGCUGCCCGCCACCUCGGCCGUCCCACCUCGUCCGUGGACUCUUCUGCUACCAUCCUGUGCGCGGGAGGGCCGGUCGUGGUGUUCAGUUCAGAGUUGAGGGGCUCUGGCCCGAAAUAAAACGCAAGCAUUAAAG